CUUGCAGCCUGAGCGCGGUUCUCGCGGCGAGCGGGGGGCGUGGGCCCUCUCCCGGCGCGCCCGCUCUCCCCGCCUCGCCGGGCGACCGCCCCGACCGCGCGGCCCCAGCUGGAUGCGGUGGGGCCCCGGCGGGCGGCGCGGCGGCCGCGGCCCCGGACGACAUGUACCUGCUGGACGGCAGCGGGGAGCCCGCGUCUCCGCCGGCGGACGCGAUGCCGCGCGGGACGCCCCCCAGGAAGACAGUCUACCGCAUCUCCGUGACCAUGGUCAGGAAGGAGCAGCUGACCGCGCCGGGCCCCGGCGGCCCCGACUCGCGCCCGGCUCGGAGACCCCGGCCUGCGCGCUCCCCAGACGCGCCCGGGCGGCUCGUGGAGGAGGCCGAGGAGGCGGCGGGCGCUGAGGACCCGGAGGGCUGCCGGCCGCGCGCCUGGGACUUCCGCACCUUCCGCACCCGCAGCACCGGGCAGCUGGAGCUCGGGCGGCUCCGGCCGUGCGCACGCGGCCACGGACCUGCGGACCUAGCCGGUAGCCCCCCAGCCAUGGAGAAGGGGCCCGGCUCGCCUGCGCCCUGCAGCCCCGACGUGGAGGGAGCCCGGGCCGCGCCCCUGCGGCGGAGUCUCAGCUUCAGGCACUGGAGCGGGCCCGAGGCGCCGCAGGGCCGGGCCCUCGGCCGCAGGAGGCGCCACAGCAGCUCCGGGAGCCUGGCCUGGGCGCCAUGCGAGGAGGUUGCGGCCGGCGAGACUGCAGCCGCCCCCGGGGCCACCCUGGAGCCCGCGGCCGCCGCGCAGCCCUCUUCAGAGAAGCGCAACACCUUGGACGUGGGUGAGGUGCUCAGCAAGAAUGAUGCGCUCUCGGACCUGGAGCGCUGGGAGCGCAGCAAGAGCAAGAACCGCACACUGGACAACAGCGACCUGCAGCGGCUGGAGCGCGCGCGGGCCGCGGCCGCUGGCCCCGGCGCGGCCUCGGAGCACCGGCUGCUGCGCUUUUUCAGUGGCAUCUUCGCGCGCAGGGAUGGCGCGCCCGGCGGCGGCCCUUCCCUCCGGAGCGGCGCCGGUUCGCGGCCGCGCGGCUACUUCAGCAGCCUGCGGCGGGCCCCGGCCGACGCGCACUCGUCCAGCGCCGAGAGCAUCGACGGGUCCCCGCGCAGAGAUGCCUUUGUGAAUAGCCAGGAAUGGACGCUAAGUCGAUCUGUGCCGGAGCUCAAAGUGGGAAUUGUGGGUAACCUGGCCAGCGGCAAGUCGGCCCUGGUGCACCGGUACCUGACCGGCACGUACGUCCAGGAGGAGUCUCCAGAAGAUAUGGAUGCAGGUGGCAGAUUCAAGAAGGAGAUUGUCGUGGACGGACAAAGCUAUCUGCUGCUGAUCAGAGAUGAAGGGGGCCCCCCAGAGGCACAGUUUGCCAUGUGGGUGGACGCUGUUAUAUUUGUCUUCAGCUUGGAGGAUGAGAUAAGUUUCCAGACCGUUUACCACUACUACAGCAGGAUGGCCAACUAUCGGAACACGAGCGAGAUCCCUCUGGUUCUAGUGGGAACCCAGGAUGCCAUAAGUUCCACCAACCCACGGGUCAUCGACGACGCCAGGGCGCGGAAGCUCUCCAGCGACCUGAAGAGGUGCACAUACUACGAGACGUGUGCCACGUACGGGCUGAACGUGGAGAGGGUCUUUCAGGACGUUGCCCAGAAGAUUGUCGCCACAAGGAAGAAGCAGCAGCUGUCCAUAGGACCCUGCAAGUCGCUGCCCAACUCUCCAAGCCACUCGUCUGUGUGUUCCGCGCAGGUGUCUGCUGUGCAUAUAAGCCAGACAAGUAAUGGAGGUGGGAGCUUAAGUGACUAUUCCUCGUCUGUCCCGUCGACGCCAAGCACCAGCCAGAAAGAACUACGGAUCGAUGUCCCUCCCACUGCCAACACGCCGACGCCCGUCCGGAAGCAGUCCAAGCGCCGGUCCAACCUUUUCACCUCUCGGAAAGGGAGUGACCCAGACAAAGAGAAGAAAGGCCUGGAGAGUCGUGCGGACAGCAUCGGGAGCGGUCGAGCCAUCCCAAUUAAACAGGGCAUGCUGUUGAAGCGAAGUGGCAAGUCCCUGAACAAAGAAUGGAAGAAGAAAUAUGUCACCCUGUGUGACAAUGGCGUGCUGACCUACCAUCCGAGUUUACAUGAUUACAUGCAGAAUGUUCAUGGUAAAGAGAUUGACCUUCUGAGAACCACUGUGAAAGUCCCAGGGAAGAGGCCACCCCGAGCCACGUCGGCCUGUGCGCCCAUCUCCAGCCCUAAAACCAAUGGCCUGUCCAAGGACAUGAGCAGUUUACACAUCUCACCAAAUUCAGGGAAUGUCACUAGUGCGUCUGGGUCUCAGAUGGCAAGCGGCGUCAGCCUGGUCUCCUUCAACAGCCGGCCGGACGGCAUGCAGCAACGCUCCUAUUCUGUCUCCAGUGCCGACCAGUGGAGUGAGGCUACGGUCAUUGCAAACUCGGCCAUCAGCAGUGACACGGGGCUGGGCGACUCGGUGUGCUCCAGCCCAAGUAUCUCCAGUACCACCAGCCCCAAGCUCGACCCGCCCCCCUCCCCUCACGCCAACAGAAAGAAACACCGAAGGAAGAAAAGUACCAGCAACUUCAAAGCCGACGGGCUCUCUGGCACCGCUGAAGAACAAGAAGAAAACUUUGAGUUUAUCAUUGUGUCCCUCACUGGCCAGACGUGGCACUUUGAAGCCACCACAUAUGAGGAGCGAGAUGCGUGGGUCCAAGCCAUCGAGAGCCAGAUCCUAGCCAGCUUACAGUCAUGUGAGAGCAGCAAGAAUAAGUCCCGACUGACGAGCCAGAGUGAGGCCAUGGCCUUGCAGUCGAUACGAAACAUCCGGGGGAAUUCCCACUGUGUGGACUGCGAGACACAGAAUCCCAACUGGGCCAGUUUGAACUUGGGAGCCCUCAUGUGCAUCGAGUGCUCAGGGAUCCACCGGAAUCUUGGCACCCACCUUUCUCGAGUCCGAUCCCUAGACCUGGAUGACUGGCCCAUUGAGCUCAUCAAGGUGAUGUCGUCCAUUGGGAACGAGCUGGCCAACAGCGUGUGGGAAGAGAGCAGCCAGGGGCGGACGAAACCCUCGCUGGACUCCACAAGGGAAGAGAAGGAGCGGUGGAUCCGGGCCAAGUACGAGCAGAAGCUCUUCCUGGCCCCGCUGCCGUGCACGGAGCUGUCCCUGGGCCAGCACCUGCUGCGAGCCACCGCUGACGAGGACCUGCGGGCCGUCAUCCUGCUGCUGGCGCAUGGCUCCCGGGACGAGGUGAACGAGACCUGCGGGGAGGGCGACGGCCGCACGGCGCUGCACCUGGCCUGCCGGAAGGGGAACGUGGUCCUGGCCCAGCUCCUAAUCUGGUACGGGGUGGAUGUCAUGGCCCGCGACGCCCACGGGAACACGGCGCUGGCCUACGCGCGGCAGGCCUCCAGCCAGGAGUGCAUCGACGUCCUGCUGCAGUACGGCUGCCCGGAUGAGCGCUUCGUGCUCAUGGCCACCCCCAACCUGUCCAGGAAGAAUAAUAACCGAAACAACAGCAGUGGCCGGGUGCCCACCAUCAUCUGAGGGGCCCGCCUGCCCCACCACGCCCGGGCCGGCCACAGCCUCCAGCACCCUCCCCCGGAUGUUACAACACGUGAGUCCCGUCGCGUCCCCUCGCUCUUCCUGGUGGCCACCUGCCACCCGCCCCACCCCGAGCAAAAUCACCAAACCUGGACAGUCCUCAGGGGGCGAAGAGGAGGCGAGGAGGCUGCAGAUUCGAUUCCUUUCCAUAAACCACCCCUCCGAUCGACAAACAGGAGCGACCGGCGGGCCCGAGUGGGUUGACGAUAGCACACGGCGGCGCGGGACCCUCGUCCCCGUGGCCCGUAGACAGAGCACGGCACAAGGGAUGGGACGAGCGGGGGGGCGGGGGGGAGGGGAGGCAAGGCGUGGGGAGAGGGGGUACCUCUCCUUAACUGGCAGUUAAACCCAUCAGUACAUUUCACCUCUACCAAACGGAACGCUUGGGUUUCAUCUCUUCUCCGAGGAGCUUGACGGCAUAAAUCAGAAGCAAGCAGAGUUUGUCAGGUUUGAAGCCCCUAUGAUGGUAUGUGUCAAAUCAGUUGGAGCUAAUCUGUCCAGGGAGAAUACUGGCUUCAUUACACUUGUAUAGUUGAGUUCUUCCAGCAUUACCGCUGUUUAAUAGGACGUGAUUAGUCAUCACCGAGAAGAAAGCAUAUUAGCCAAGGCGGUAGCUACGCCGCACGCUCCGAUGAUUGCCGUGAUGUGAUUGCAAUACUCUUAGAAGCAUCCGAUUAUCCCAGACAUGUUCUUUCCAGCCCUUGGAGCCCUCCUUUCUAAAUUCACUGUCAUAAUUUAGUAUCUGUUUAAUUUUUCAGUCCAAAGAGAAGAAAUCAGUCGCUGAGUAUUAUCGGACUGCGUUCUCCUUGGUGCAAAAACAAAUGGGGGAAAAAAUAAAUAAGAGUCACUCCGAAAUUCAAAAGGAAAUCACGAAUUCAGCUAAUAAUAACCUGGCGAGUGCUUCUCGUAAACUAAGUCCGUGCACAGAAGGCUAUUUUUUUUUCCUGAACACGAGAGAGAUUUUAUGUCCUUUGGCCAAGGUGGAUGUCUUGGGUCCUAGCCACUCCUGGGCCACGUUGCCCAAGUCACACAGGCUUCUGUAUUGUGUCUUUAGAUAAGAUGUGUGAAAAUCUAUUUGAAUAAAAGAAGUUCAUAAAUAUGCAUUGAUUUUUGUACAGACAAAUGGCACCUCUGUUAAUUUAUAAAUUGAACUGGAUAUGAACUAAUAAUAUGCAACUAGUUGAGAGAAGAGGGUUACAGAUCAUUGUACAUGGGAAAGAUUCCCAGCAGUAAACACUUCCAUUAACGUGAUCUACAGCUUUUAAAAAGGAACAUAGCAGAAUAAGAUCGUGGUACAAUUUGCUUAUUAAAAUCGAAAAAGAAAAAAAAGAAAAGACACUGAAGCAGAUGAGAGAGGGGAAAGAAGCAGGUCAUUCCUCGAUAGCAAAGGGACGGAUCUAGAUCGGACACUGCUUUUGCCAACCCAGAGGAAGGGGCUAUGGCAGGGGAGGGGGUAAUUGUCUGAAUACCAGACCCCCGUGCUCCCACCGUUCUGUGGCUCAUGAGCAUCCGGAAGACUUUUCCUAAGUGGCCAGGCCUUCCGCUUCAGUCCAUCACCUGAUUUGCUGUCAUCCUGGUCUCGGGCUGCCUCAGACUUCACCCGUCCUCACCGUGGUGGCCAAACAUAGUAACCCAAAUCAUGACACCUGAGGUUAAAAAGAAAAGACUCAGCCUCCAGCCCUCUGGCAGUAGGCGGGGGACAGGCUUGUCUCCCUGAGGGACGACACCAGCCUGACGUAGCUACAGGAACACAGGGCCACAUUCGCCUGGCAGCCUCUGGGGAAACCCCGUGCUCUCAUAUGAUAAACCUUCUAUUUUGUAAGAGUUUUUCCUCUUCUUCAACUUUUUAAAAAAAGAAAAAUUAGGUAGGGAAAAAAAAAUAAAGCUUUACGCAGAAUUUAUAUGUGGGUCAGUGUCUCAUGGACAUUUCUAACCUUAAUUCAGCUCAGUGGAACGUGGGAAGGAACAGGUGCAGGAGCCAUGAGUCUGUGGUCCGUACGCCCUCCACCCGAUUUUUAAUUGUGUUUUAUCACUGUGUAGUUAUUUUAAAUGUGAAUAGAAAGAAAAGGAAAAUGGCAUUGCCUAUUUUUGAAGAGCGCAUUACUGUUCUAAUCCAGCUAUACCUUCCGCACAGCCUGUAGCAUAGACUUGCCAUAGUGAACGCAGAUAUAGUAUAAAGGAGAUUCUUAAAUUAUUUCAUUGUAGUUAAUUCCCACUAUAGGAAUGCUUUAUCAUAGUGAAGCCUUCUUUUCAAAAGAAACGGAAUUCCCUGUACGGCUUCUCUUGGGAUGUAUAUGUGUGUACAUAUUAUUAUAUGUGUUUAUAAUAUAAUAUUUUCCCAACUGA